GCGUUUCAUCUCUGAUCUCUGACUUUGAUCUAUCGUCGCAUUGUGUUAUAAAAAUCUCCUUGUGUUUAUUCUCAUCUUGUUUUCCUGAUCUCUACCCAAAGAGGUGGCGGCUGUCCGAUUGACGACGGAACGCCUUGACCGUACGUGCUUCCCGUUGCUGUUCCAUCAUCGUUACCCAAAGCAGCGAACUCUAGUCAUCGACUUCUUUUGGGUCUUGGUUCAUCCCUUGUCAUUUAACUCCUGCGUCUCCAUAGAUUUUCAAAAUGUAUCCUCAACAUGGUGCCCCUAUGGCACCCCCCCAAAAACCAGAGACAUUCAUGCUGUCGAACGAGGCACAGCAAAGCCUCCCUCACGACGCGCAAGUUGCACUGCAACAGGUCGAUAAUUUGAAAUACUUUCUCCUAUCCGCGCCCGUGGACUGGCAACCGGAGCAGCUCAUCCGCCGAUUCCUUCUCCCAACGGGGGAUUACAUCUCUUGUGUUCUCUGGAACAACCUUUUCCACGUCUCAGGAACCGAUAUUGUUCGAUGCCUUGCCUUCAGAUUUCAAGCCUUCGGACGCCCUGUGAAGAACUCAAAGAAGUUUGAAGAGGGUAUAUUCUCUGAUCUGCGCAAUCUCAAGGCCGGAACCGAUGCCACACUCGAAGAACCCAAGAGCCCGUUCCUUGAUUUUCUCUACAAGAACAACUGUAUCCGAACCCAGAAAAAACAGAAGGUCUUCUAUUGGUAUAGUGUGCCACAUGACAGACUCUUUCUCGAUGCUCUGGAGCGUGAUUUGAAGCGGGAGAAGAUGGGCCAGGAAGCGACUACGGUCGCCGUCAGCGAACCUGCUUUGUCCUUUGAGUUUGAUUCGUCCCAGUCGUUGUACGAGCAACUCACAAAGGCACAACAAGCAAACUCAUCAUCGUUUGCUGCACACGCAAGUACAACAUAUGGCCAACCCGCAUCCCCAGUCGUUCGGACCGUUGACGCUAUGCCUCCUCCCCAGAUGGCUCCCCAGAUGGCUCCCCCAUCGCUGCCCCUUCUCUCGGACGAAUCGGCCCAUCCCCAACUAUACGCCUCGAUCCCGAUGUCCAACACUCUAGCCCAGAACAUUAUUAAACGCGAAGCGGACUACGGCGCUAUUCAGUACGACCGCAACGGAAUGCCCAUUGCUCGUAUCCACCAGCGCCAUGCCUCCAUGCCCACCUUUGUCGAGUACUCCCCAGCUCCAUCGUUUGUUUCCUCCCAGUAUGAGGACUACAGCAACCGAGGCCUAUCCUUCGAACCGGUUACCCCCCCGCAGCACAGCUCUCACCUCGGUGCAGAACCCGCGUACAUUGCCAAUGAAGACACAGGCCUUUAUACCGCAAUUCCCGAGAUAUCUUCCGGGUCUGCUUUCAACCCUAUGAUGCAACUGCCCCCAUCCAAUCUUGCAAGCGCCCAUUUCCCCACUCCCGCGAGGACCUUCCAUUCCAAUGUGUAUUCGGUGCUAGAAGGUUCCCCAACAUAUAAGCAGCGCCGCCGUCGAUCUUCCAUUCCGCCCGGCACUGCUCAUACUGGUACUCACUCUCCAGCGACCCAGGGGUUUCAGCAGAUUUCCUACGCUGCCCAUAGACCCAGUGAUCUUCGACGAUCAGUUUCUAGCUCGGUUGCUCCGGGCGCAGAGACGGACGACAUGCGCCAUGAGCCGUCCCACCGCCCUUUGCUUGGUGGAUACCAUGCUCCUGCUCUGCCUCAGAAGAAUUUGCUGCAGGAAAUGUCACGUAAUGGCACACCUCUCUCUAGUCUGGAUGAAAGCCUUGAGCAAAGUUCCAUCCCUCUUCCCCAGACCCCGGACAACCUUGCCGCUCUCCCCACCAAUGAAGCUCUAGAAACAGCUGUCCAGAACAGUGUGAGUAGUAAAAGCGACCAGUUUGCUCAUGGCCCCGUUCGGCGCGCCCGAAGUGCCACAAUGAUGGAGCUUGGACCUUAUCCGCAGAAAUCUCAUUCCUGCCCAAUUCCCUCAUGUGGAAGACUGUUCAAGAGAUUAGAACAUUUGAAGCGGUCAGUUGCAGCCACCUAUUUUUAAGGGAUAUCUCAUUGGUCCACACGUGUUGCAGAAUAUGCAGGGCAAUCCAGGUGAUAAUUUCUCUAACCGCCGACUAACACUUCUCUUGCAGGCAUGUGAGGACUCAUACUCAAGAACGCCCGUACCCUUGCCCAUAUUGCAACAAAGCGUUCUCGCGGUCGGACAAUUUAGCACAACAUCGUCGUAUUCAUGAGGCUCAGCCAGACGGUCAGCCUCCCCUCGUCGGACA